AUGUCUGCGGCAAUUCGAGAGAUAGCAGCGAGUGCAAGUCGAAAAGCUGUCCGGCUAAAGAUCCUCCCUCGACCAUGGAAUAUCUCAGAGAGUCGAGCUGUGUUAAAGGUCCUCCAACGAUACGGCGACGUCGUAUUUUUCCGACAUCUACAGCACGAGACCCCUAAACCUGCCCAUAACACCGUGGUGGCCAUCUUCCGCGACUAUGCAAGCGUCGAUCGUUUGAUGCAGGCCCAGCCCAUCAGGUACUCUCUCGAUCCCACAUUGCCCCACUCGAGGACGAAACAAAUUAGUAUACCAGGUAUGGACCACGAGGGAGAAUUCAAGUUGGAAGACUUUGCGGACGACGAAUCUGCCUCCAGUACUACUGAGGACCCCAAAUUGCCCCCGGAAGCAGAACAAGAGACACCAUUUCCCCAUCAACCUCCUAUCCACAAGGUCAUCCAUCCCGGCACUGGGCUCAGAGACUUCGUAAUGUGGGCUGAGCCUUCGACUAUAAAUACACAAGAUUGGGCAGAGAGACAACCAUACUGGAACUCGUACGACAGCACCGAGGACUAUGCGCAACAAGAUUUAAAGAAGUCGGUGCCAUUGAAGGGAAUGGCCGAUUUGUCAUUCAAGCAUACUAAACUUCUAGACUACAGAAUUCGCGAAACAAACUUCAUUCGAGAUAGUAGGCUGACGCUGAGGCGACUUUGGGAAGGGGAGAAGGUCCAUAAAGAGAAUCAUCCCACAGCGAACCAUGGGGCGAAGAACGGGCCUAGGUUGAGCAGAAAGCCGAGAGGACUGCCUGAUCAUGUAUCACGUCCUCUGGAUGAAGGCAGAUCUGGCUGA